UAAUUUUUUCAACUGGUUUAUUUCAACGCUUCUUCUUCUUCUUUUAACGGUCACAGAAUUUUCAAGAGAGAGAGCAUGUGUGUGAAGCUCUGAAGACUUCACCUCACUUACGUUGUAUAUUUCUUGAAUCAUAAUUAAUAAUGCAAAACACCCCACGUCGCAUGUCUCAGAUGGAAUUCUACGCAUCAAUUCUGCAAACAAGCCUCAAAUCCAGAAACCAUUCUGCCGUGAAGCCUAUGCAUGCCCGUAUAAUCAAAACCGGCCUUCACCAAGGCGUGCACUUGAUGAAUCUUGUUAUGAAUGCGUAUGCCAAAGCGGGAUUUCUAAGUCACGCCUGCCAUGUGUUCGAUGAAAUGCCUCUAAAGAAUGUAUCAUCAUACAACACGCUCUUGUCUGCAUACGCGAAACAGGGGAUGAUCCGCGAAGCUCUGUGUGUGUUCAAUGAAGCACCUGAGCUCGAUUCGGUUUCCUGGACGUCGAUGAUCGUAGGUUAUAAUCAGAUGGACCGAUUUAAGGAUGCUAUAUUGAUGUUUCUAGAGAUGCUCGAGCGUGGAUUUCUGCCCACUGAAUUCACCCUUACUAAUAUAAUUGCAUCCUGUGCAGCAUCUGAGGCGUUCGAUUUAGGUGAGAAGGUUCACUCUUUUGUUGUUAAACUUGGAUUAUCUGGUUACGUAUCGGUGGCGAAUUCGCUGGUGAAUAUGUAUGCAAAGUUGGGGCAUUUUGGGACAGCAAUGGCUGUGAUUGAGAGGAUUAAGUUGAAGAAUGUCUCGACUUGGAAUGCAAUGAUAUCAUUGUAUAUGCAGACGAGCCAGGUUGAUCGUGCAUUGGCGCAGUUUGAAGAAAUGAAAGAUCGAGACAUCAUUACUUGGAACUCGAUGAUUGCAGGUUAUAAUCAGUGCGGUCUCAAUGUCGAAGCCCUGGAUAUGUUUUUUAUGAUGCUUAAAGAAUCCAAACUAAAGCCAGAUAGAUACACUUUAACCAGUGCAUUGUCUGCUUGUGGGAACCUCAGGCGAUUGGAAAUUGGGAAGCAAGUUCAUGCCUAUAUUGUAAGAAAUGAGUUUGAUAUCUCUGGUGUAGUUGGGAGUGUGCUGAUCUACAUGUACUCGAAGAGUGGCUGCGUUGACACAGGACGAAAGGUGUUGGAAAAGCAUGGGGGGGUGCUCAAGGUAAAUAUUACGGCGUUUACAUCUUUAUUAGACGGAUACAUCAAGCUUGGAGAUAUGAAUUCGGCCCGAUGGAUUUUUGACAUGUUGGAGGACCGUGAUGUGGUUGCGUGGACAGCUAUGAUCGUUGGAUAUGUGCAGAAUGGAAACAAUAAUCUUGCGAUGGAGCAUUUAAGAUCCAUGAUGGAAGACGGCCUCUUUCCUAAUAACUACACCCUUGCUGCUGCACUAAGCAUCAGUUCGAAUUUGGCUUCGCAGAACCAUGGGAAACACAUUCACGCCGUUGCAGUGAAGCUUGGGGAAGCAUCGUCUGUUUCGGUGAGUAAUGCAUUGAUUAAUAUGCACGCGAAAUCUGGGAACAUCUGCUGUGCAAGAAAAGCAUUCAUUGAAGUAAAACAGAGGAGGGAUUCGGUUUCCUGGACUUCGAUGAUCAUGGCUUUAGCUCAACACGGCUAUGGAGAAGAGGCGUUGGAGUUCUUUGAAGAGAUGCUGGAGUUGAAUAUCAAACCGGAUCACAUAACUUACGUUGGUGUUCUCUCAGCCUGUACGCACGUUGGAUUGGUGGACAGAGGGCGAAACUACUUUACAAGAAUGCAGGAGGUCCACGGAAUCGAACCAUCAUCCAGUCACUGCGCAUGCAUGAUCGACCUGUUUGGCCGUGCAGGGUUGUUAAGGGAAGCACAGAAUUUUAUCGAGACCAUGCCAGUUGAGCCGGAUACGAUAGCUUGGGGUUCACUUUUAGCUUCUUGUAAAGUUCACAAGAAUGUAGAUAUAGCUGAAUUUUCCGCGGAGAGGAUGCUUGCACUCGAACCAGCUAAUAGCGGGGCGUACUCAUCUCUUGCGAAUGUCUACUCUGCUUGUGGAAUGUGGGAAGAAGCCGCGAAAAUCAGGAAGUCAAUGAAAGAUCGAAAGGUGAAGAAAGAACAAGGAAUCAGCUGGUUGCAAAUAAGGAGUGAAGUUCAUGUUUUCGGGGCAGACGAUGCGUUCCAUCCACAGAGAGAGGCCAUAUACAGGAGGAUGGACAAAAUCUGGGAGGAGAUUAAGAAGAUCGGAUUUGUUCCAGAUACUGCAUCGGUACUGCAUGAUCUUGAUCAUGAGUUAAAAGAGCAGAUUCUGAAGCAUCAUAGUGAAAAACUUGCCAUUGCAUUCGGGUUGAUGAAUACUCCGGACAACACUACUUUAAGGAUCAUGAAGAACCUCAGAGUUUGUAAUGACUGUCAUUUGGCCAUCAAGUUUAUCUCAAAACUUGUUAACAGGGAAAUCGUUGUUAGAGAUGCUACACGGUUCCACCAUUUCAAGAACGGCACAUGUUCUUGCCGGGAUUAUUGGUAACAAAAGUGUUCCCAUUAGUGCUCCCAUGGUACUUACUGCAGAAAAAUGCUUAUUGCUUUGUUGAAGUUUGGAAAGUGUUUCUCAAAGGAAACUUCAGGUUGUGCAACAAUGCCAUUCCUAUUGGGGAAGAAAAAAUGGAUUUAUGCAUCCUGAGUUUGCUAUAUAUUGAUUCAUUACAGGCUGUUUCGACAGGAAAGGGGAGGCAAGCUAUUACUAAUCCCCCUCAGUUAUUUAAAUCCUAGCAACGGCUUUCUCAGCGUCAGGAACGAGCAAAACGGUGUCGUGUUGUUCUUGUGUUGUGCUAUGGCUGCUCUGAAUAUGCGCACUGAAUCAUCUCUGACCUCACCAUCAUCAUCAUCAUCAUCAUCUUCAAUUCAUUUCCAACCCCACCAUGAUUCCUUCUAUCUUCCAAUUCUUGUUUUUAUUUUUCGGUUUUGGUUUUUAUCUGCUUUGUAUGUUUGCGUUGUGGGUUUUCUACUGAGUGAAACGAUGUCGUAUUUGUAUUGUGUAGGGAUGAUGUUGGAGUUUCGAUUGAUUAUUAUAUUGGUGUGGUUUGUCGAGUGUCUUCUGAUGCAAACUGU